UAUUCAUUGAAGAUGAAACAAUAGAGAAAAAAUUACCAGAAAAAGAAAAGAGUACAGAAUGAGCAGAGAAUGAAGAAAGCUCAAUCAACAAUCAUGGAAGAGGUAAGCAUGGAAACUCGGGCAUUUAUUAUCAUGGACAGAGGCAAACAUAGAAUCUCUCAGAGAGAGAACGACAAAAGUACUGAAGCUCCGAGAGUGAAGACGCAUAAAAGCUACCAGCUUUCCAACCAUGGCCGCGCCUUCUCGCCUUGAUCCAGUUGGUCGAAAGAAAGGGUUUCAUGAAAAGAAACGUACAAAAAUCGUCACUUAUGAUGAAAAGGAUGGAGAUGAAAGUAGGAUGGAGAUAAACAUUUAACAGAGGAAGGAAAAAUUGCAAUCACCAUCAUCUCGUGCACCAGUGAGACAAAGUGAGAGAAAAUACAAUACCUCAUACAUAUGAGUAGUUGUUUUUCCUUUGCAAAUUCCAAUAUUCUUACAGCUGGUGGAAGAAAAAGGACUCGAAGAAAAAUUAAGCAAAUUGACAUGGAAAUAUUGUAUCUCAGUCCUGAAGAGAUGAGAUGCAAAACAGAUGAGUCCGAACAGAGAGCAAUUCGGGAUCAGGAUACUCACCUAAAAAAACUCGAAGGAAUCAUAGAAUCCCUUAUUCACAGACCUGACAGCCACAUCUACGUGUUUCAAAUUCGUUUGUAUAUAUCUUUCUAUCAUAGUAUUGUAGAUUAAAUUUAAUUUUCACAUCUAAUUAUUGUUUUAGGAAAUGCCAAUCGGAUCGCUAUGUUCAUCUAAAAAGUUGGAGUUGUUGCAGUCCUAUUUCGAGCUAAUUCAUGAAAAGAUUAAUCUUUCAAUGAUGUUGCAUGAUGAUGUGUUUGGCAAAAAAUAUAAGAUUUUUAUAUUUCUUGAGGAUGUCAACAAAUUUUGUCUACUAGAGCCAAUUUCAGAUUGCUGUAUAAUUUCCUACAUAUGGUACCUUCACAAGGAGAUGAAAAAAGAAAACAUCGUCAACCAGAAACCAAAGAGCCUGUUCUUUAGCUGAUAGGUUGAUUUGUGCAUCAGCAGAUCAACUUGUGUUGGCACCGUGUAAUGUAGGUUUCCAUUGGAUUCUAAUGGUCAUCGAACCCUACACCAAGACUGUUUUUUUGUUUGAUCCUCUUAGCCAUCGCAUUCAUGAUAAUGCUUGGAAAGAUGCUGUGGAUGAAUCCAUGCAGCGCCUUGUCGAUGUUUAGUUCAUCCAAAGGAGAGAAUGACACAAAAUCUCCAACUUGGGUGGUUGUAAAAGCUCCUCGUCAACCGGAUUCGAAGCAAUGUGGAUUCUACAUAAUGCAGUAUAUGAGAGAAAUCAUCAGAACUUGUAGAUAUCCUGGUUCAAUUUCUCUACAAACAAUGAUUCGGCAAUAUAGGAGGCUGGAAGAUGGCUCUGUAAAUAUUGUUGCCCGUGGACAGCAGCGCUUUCGCCUGAAGCAUCGUUGGAUUGAUGUAGAAGGAUCGCUUUGUGGAGAGGUUCAUAUCAUUCAGGAAGAUGUGCCAUUAAGAACACCACGGGAAGUUGUUGGUAAACUGGCUCCGUUAAGAAAUUCUCAGGCAAAUAGUAUGUCAUCUACUCGUCACAGCUGUGAGGAAGGAAAUGAUUCUGAUGUGAUGUCAGAUGGAAGUUAUGAAAGUGAACUUUCAGCAACAGAAAGAAGGCCACAUCAAUAUGCUCUUGUAUCUUCUCAUAGUUCUGAGGUAUAUGAUGAAUCCAUAAGUAGCGACGAUGAAAGAUCUGGGGAAUUUUAUGAAUGCCAAUCAGAAAGAUCUCCGUUGGACAACUAUACAAGACCAGUACCGUUAGGACUCGACAAACAGAAGGCUGGUGACAGUCCUGGAGUUGGGAAGAUGUUGUUUUCAUACAAGCAACCUUCUAACAGGGUAGGAUGGGGAAAGCACUCCAUAGCCCGAUUUCAUGAUGUUCCAAGAGCCUUCUGGCCCAGUUGGGUCUAUCGCAUGUAUGACUCCUAUGUACUUGCGAGGAAGGCAGCAGAUCGCUGGAAAGAGGUUGUUAAAUCCCCAAAUUUGGACAGCCUUGUGAUUAAACCAGAUCUUCUUUCAUUCCAUAUUGCUAGUAAAAUUCCAAUAUCUGAUACAGCAAGGCAAGAACUCCUGGAGAUUGAUGGAACAACUUAUAGACUGCGGAAAGAGAUUGAGUUGCUCGAAAGUUUUGAUAAAAUUUGUUGUAAAACUUGUCAGACUCUCAUUGCAAAGAGAAGUAACAUGGUAGUGAUGUCUAGUGAUGGUCCACUUGGUGCUUAUGCCAAUCCGGGUGGUUACGUGCAUGAGGUGAUUACUCUCACCAGGACGGAUGGAAUAGCAGUCACAGGGCCUCCAGCAAAAGAAUAUAGCUGGUUUCCAGGUUACGCAUGGUCAGUUGCUGAAUGCAUAAUGUGUGGAACCCAAAUGGGUUGGUACUUCUCCGCUACAAAGAAGAAAAUGAGGCCUCAGGCAUUCUGGGGGCUAAGGAGUUCACAAGUGGUGGACGAGACGCUCUAGAAACAGCUCUGUUGUGUGGAAAUUGGGUAUUUCCUGGUGAGGUAUUAGACUCCGACUCUUGCAUCCAUCGUCAAAUCUUUCAUGCAGAUAAACACCUAUAUGUUAUACACUAUGAUGGUUUACAGGAAAAGGGGUUUGGACAACUUUGGAUGAUGGUGUGUAGAUGGAAUCAUGGAAUUUAUAGAUUGUGAUACAUACAUAUGCAUGGUCCUGUUAGGUUGAGAUUUUUUAGCUUAAUUGAGAAUUGCAAUGCAUUUUUA